UUCCUUAAUUGAUAAUUUAAAAAUAUGAUAGAUCAAAUUUACCUCUUAGCCGAAUUAACCAUUGCGUUUUGCUCUGUUUUUUCCUUAUGACUCAUUGCCUGCAUAAUAUUCUUGUGUUUUGUUAACAAUCGCAAGAGAAAUGUCCUUAAGCAAGACUUUUCCUGCGAUAAAAUAAUUGGAUUUUACCAUCCAUUCACAAAUUCAUGUGGCGGGGGAGAAAAAGUCUUAUUCUUGGCCUUGAAAGCGAUCUCAGAGAUAGCUGCUAGAACUAAAAGCAAGGUGAUAGUUUAUACAGUAGAAGAGCAAGAUGCCAGAGAGAUUGUACAAAAAGCAGCAGCUAGGUUCAACUUUAGAGUUGAUUUUGAAUUCCAAUUAGUAAGAAUUACUAGAAGAUAUUUCACUGACCAACACUCAGUAAUUAAGUUAUCACUCCUAAGUCAAGCUAUUGGAAAUAUUGUCUCAGUUAUUGAAGCUAUUAAUACAUGACCCCCUGAUAUUUUUGUGGAUACUAUUGGAGUUGGGUUUGGAUAUCCAUUUGUCAAACUUUUGUGUCCAUUUACUAAAAUAGUGUCAUACACCCAUUAUCCAUCUAUCCAAACUGACAUGAUUGACACUCAUCUGCCGAGAUAUAAGUUCUAUUACUACAACAUGAUGCUUUGGCUAUAUAAGACAGUUGGGUUUGCAGCAGAUGUAAUUAUGACUAACUCUUCGUGGACUCAAAACCACUGUAAGAGCUUAUGGACAAACUCUGAUAGAAUUCAGAGGGUUUACCCGCCAUGAAAUACUACAGCUUUUAGUAAGAUCCCGAUCGACAAUCGUAAGAAGAAUAUUAUUGUCUCGUUUGCUCAAUAUAGACCGGAAAAGGACCAAUCUACACAGUUGAAAGCCUUCUAUGAGCUCCUACAGGAUCAUAGGGAUAUCUCACCUCAUUUCUAUAUGAUUGGAAGUUGUAGGAAUUCAGAUGAUGAACGCUUGCUAGCUAAUCUUAAAGGAGAAGCCAAAGACCUAGGUAUUGAUAAAUAUAUUACAUUUUUGAAAAACCUCCCUCAAGAAGAAGUCAUUGAUAUUAUGUCUGAAGCCAAGGUAGCUAUCCAUACCAUGAAGAAUGAGCAUUUUGGGAUAAGUAUUGUAGAGAUGAUGGCAGCAGGACUCAUCACAAUUGCCCAUAAGAGUGGAGGUCCUUAUGUAGACAUCAUUCAAGAAGGAGGUCACAAAGGUUAUCUCUGUAGAACACCCAAAGAAUUUGCAGAAACCAUGUACGUAGCUCUUAAGACCUACGACUCCUCAACAGGAAGAAAGAUUAGAAGCACAGCGAGAGAGUCUGCAAUCAGCCAAUUCAGUGAUGAAGCUUUCAUGGAGAGGUUUGAGAAAUACUUCAUUGAUGUGCUUUAGAAGAUAAUUAAUGCAAAAUAU